AUGGGAAUCCGUGCAGCCAUAGAGCAUAAAAUCAGGGUGUUAGAGGUGUAUGAGGAUUCUAUACUGGUGAUUUAUCAGCUCAAAAGUGAAUGGGAAACAAGGGACCCCAAGCUGAUUAGUUACCGAAAGCUGGUCCUAGAGUUAAUUGAGGGGUUUGAUGAUAUCACUUUCUACUAUCUCCUGCGAUACGAAAACCAGAUGGCUGAUGCCUUGGCUAUGUUAACUUCUUUGAUCAGAGUAAAUAAACAUGAGGAUAUGAAGCUGAUCCAGAUGAGUAUUUGUGAGGCUCUAGCUCAUUGCUGCAAUAUCGACGAACAAGAGGAGAGAGAUGAUCAUUAUUGGUAUCAUGAUACUCUACGAUGCGUAAAGAACCAUGAAUACCCUGAUCUGGUAGCUGGAAAUGAUAAGAGAACGUUGAGGAGGCUGGCUAGCGACUAUGUCUUAGAUGGAGAGAUCUUGUAUAAAAAGAGAAAGGAUCAGGUGCUGCUAAAAUGUGUUGACGCUGUUGAAGCUAAGAAUAUCUUGAAAAAAGUCCAUGAAGGUGUCUGCGGGACGUAUACUAAUGGGUUCACAAUAGCUAGUCAAAUCAUGAGAUUCGGGUAUUACUGGUCUACGAUGGAAGGAGAUUGCAUUAGUUAUGCCAAGAAAUGGCACAGACUCAUUGGGCCGAUUUUGCCGAAGGCUUCUAACGGAUAUCGAUUUAUCUUUGUGGUCAUCGAUUACUUCACCAAGUGGGUAGAAGCUGCUUCAUACGCCAGCGUCACGAAGUCGGCAUUCAAAAUUAAGUACCACAACUCGUCGCCAUAUCACCAAAAAAUAAAUAGUGCAAUUGAGGCAGCUAAAAAAAAUAUCAAGAAGAUUGUGGGGAAAAUUACUGAGACCUACAAGGAUUGGCAUGAAAAGUUACCAUUUGCUCUGUACGCCUAUCGAACAUCCGUCAGAACUUCUAUUGGGGCAACACCUUACUCACUGGUUUAUGGGAUGGAGGCAGUUUUGCCUAUUGAAGUCGGAAUUCCUUCUCUCCGGGUUUUAUUAGAGUUAAAGCCUGACGAAGCAGAAUGGAUCCAGUCCCGAGGCAAAUGGAUGCCAAACUGGGAAGGACCUUAUGUGGUAAAGAAGGUAUUUUCUGGAAGGGCACUGAUAUUAACUGAGAUGGAUGGUAAGAGCUUGCUUAACCCAUUAAAUUCGGAUUCAGUCAAGAAGUACUUUGCUUAA